AGCGCGGGAGGGAGGCGGCGGCGCUGUGGUCCAUCGGUCCUCGGGUCCGUGGGUCUGCCCGGCCGCCCGGCCCCGCCCUGCCCCCCGGGGCGGCUCGGCUCCAUGGCCCGCGGCGGCGGCGGGAGGCGGCCCGGGGGCCGCAGGGGCCGCUGACCGGGCGGCGGGAGGCGGCGGGGCCGGGCCAUGGGGGACGGAGCCGUCCGCAGCCGCGGGAGCCGGGAACCCAGCCCGAGCAGGAGCGGCACCCCCUGCUGAGCCCCGAGCGCCGGGUGAGAGGGGUGCGCGCGCGGCCCCCAGCCCAGGGCCCCGACAUUCCAGACCCGGCCCCGCCAGGAGCGCCCCGAGCGCGGCCCCGCGAUCCCCGCCCAGGAGCCGGCCGGCAGCCGGAUGCCCGGGCCCAUCGGGCGGGCCGGCGGCCGCCUGCGGGAUGAGCAGACUGCUGGGGGGGACGCUGGAGCGCGUGUGCAAGGCUGUGCUCCUUCUCUGCCUGCUGCACUUUCUCGUGGCCGUCAUCCUCUACUUUGACGUCUACGCCCAGCACCUGGCCUUCUUCAGCCGCUUCAGUGCUCGGGGCCCUGCCCGUGCCCUCCACCCAGCUGCCAGCAGCAGCACCAACUUCUCUCGGCCCAACGCCACUGCCCCCAGCUCGGGGCUCCCUGAGGCUCCCAGUGCCCGGCCGGGCCCCACGGCUCCCAUCCUGCCUCCCUGUCCUGACUCGCCGCCUGGUCUUGUGGGCCGACUGCUGAUUGAGUUCACCUCACCCAUGCCACUGGAGCGGGUGCAGAGGGAGAACCCAGGCGUGCUUCUGGGCGGCCGCUAUACGCCACCUGACUGCACGCCCGCCCAGACAGUGGCAGUCAUCAUCCCCUUUCGACACCGGGAGCACCACCUACGCUACUGGCUCCACUAUCUGCACCCCAUCCUGAGGCGACAGCGGCUGCGCUAUGGCGUCUACGUCAUCAACCAGCAUGGUGAGGACACCUUCAAUCGGGCCAAGCUGCUCAACGUGGGCUUCCUAGAGGCGCUGAAGGAGGAUGCCACCUAUGACUGCUUCAUCUUCAGUGACGUGGACCUGGUCCCCAUGGAUGACCGAAACCUGUACCGCUGUGGUGACCAGCCCCGCCACUUUGCCAUUGCCAUGGACAAGUUUGGUUUCCGGCUGCCUUAUGCUGGGUACUUUGGAGGUGUGUCGGGCCUGAGUAAAGCCCAGUUUCUGAGAAUCAAUGGCUUCCCCAACGAGUACUGGGGCUGGGGUGGCGAGGAUGACGACAUCUUCAACCGGAUCUCCCUGACUGGGAUGAAGAUCUCGCGCCCAGACAUCCGCAUAGGCCGCUACCGCAUGAUCAAGCACGACCGGGACAAGCAUAACGAGCCCAACCCGCAGAGGUUUACCAAGAUUCAAAACACGAAGCUGACCAUGAAGCGGGAUGGCAUCGGGUCAGUGCGGUACCAGGUCUUGGAGGUGUCUCGGCAACCGCUCUUCACCAAUAUCACAGUGGACAUUGGGCGGCCCCCAUCAUGGCCCCCUCGGGGCUGAUACUAAUGGACAAAGGCUCCCAGUGCCAAGGAUUGCCUGCCAGAGGACUGACCUAUAUAGCCUGGCUGGUGGUUGCUCUCUGGGGGAUCUCCCAGGACUGAGACUGUGAGCUCUGUUUCCGGAGGGUCUUCAAUAGGCCCCCCCUGCAGCUGCACCUGGAAGUUUCAGAACCUACUCUGGGGGACUUCCAACCUGGGCAAGCCCCUCAAGUGUGGCCCUCUCUGGGGUCAACCCUUCUUCCUGCCCCUUCCUCCCCAGCCCAGCCCUCCCUCACCGUCAGGGUCGGGCCAGCCCCUGCACUGCCUCACCGAGUGGCCUGGGCUAGGUCACUCCACCUCUCUGUGCCUCAGUUUCUCCCCCCUUGAGUCCCUCUAGGGCCUGGAAGAGUGGGAGGUAUGACUAGGGGGCAGUGUCGCUUCCAGGGGGAAUUCUCAGACCUGAGGAUCCCCCGUACUCCCAGGGGAGGGGAAACCUUUUUCAUUCAACAUUGUAGGGGCAAACUCUGGUGCGCCCCCUGCUGAGGAGCAGCCCCAGGAGGGGACCAGAGGGGGUGCUGUGUCGCUGCCCGGGAUCUUGGGGUUGGGCUUUGCAUGCGGGGCAGGCGGGGCUUAGAUCAGUCAGUCAGGUUCUUGCCUCCCUGUCUCGGAGAGAAGGCAGUAGCCCCAGGGCCGGCUCGUUGUUUGUACAUUGCACAGAAACUUGUGUGGGUGCUUUAGUAAAAAACGUGAAUGGAGCA